AUGGCUCUCAGGAAGGAUUGCUUGAACGUGGAGAUCGGCACGAAGGAUUGCUUGAACGUGGAGAUCGGCACAAAGGAUUUGUUAGUAUCGUCUGAGCUGCCAUCUUCUUGGACCGGGAAUAGUUAUGGACAGCAGCGAAAAACUGCUGCUGUAGCAUCUGUUGAUGAGAAUUUACCGUCUAAACUGAAGGAGAGCAAAUUGUUGUGCAGUCAAGUUGGUGAGCAUAACCAGAUCGAGGCCAUGAUUCAGCAACCCAAAAAUUCACGUAACCUGAAGGUCCCGACAAAGCCAGAGCAAAUCACUAUGGAAAGUUUGUUGCCCAACCGAUGUGCUGCCCGACAGCCAAGUCGCAAUAGCGAAAAGGAGGCUGUUUCUGAGUUGAAAGCAGUAGCAAGCCCUCAGAGAUGGGCUCAUGAAGUCUCAUGUGCAAAAGAAGGAAAGUGGAAAGACAGUCAAUCUUUAAAUCCAUGCGCAAUUCCACAAUUAUGCAAUGCCUGUGUUACUCACACGUUU